AUGACUGAUAGAAGAAGCUACAGUGACCAUAACACCAUCAACACCAUCAAAACCAUCAACACCACCAACAUCAUCACCAUCAACAUCAUCAUCACCAUCAACAUCAUUACCAUCAUCACCAUCAACAUCAUCACCAUCAACAUCAUCAUCACCAUCAACAUCAUUACCAUCAUCACCAUCAACAUCAUCACCAUCAACAUCAUCAUCACCAUCAACAUCAUUACCAUCAUCACCAUCAACAUCAUCACCAUCAACAUCAUCACCAUCAACAUCAUUACCAUCAACACCAUCACAACCAUCAACCCCAUCAACACCACCAACAUCCUCACCAACAACACCAUCAACACCAUCAACACCACCAACAUCAUCACCAUCAACAUCAUCAUCACCAUCAACAUCAUUACCAUCAACACCAUCAACACCAUCACAACCAUCAACACCAUCAACACAAUCAAAACCAUCAACACCACCAACAUCAUCACCAUCAACAUCAUCACCAUCAACACCAUCAACACCAUCAACAUCAUCACCAUCAACAUCAUCACCAUCAACACCAUCAUCACCAUCAACAUCAUUACCAUCAACACCAUCACAACCAUCAACCCCAUCAACACCAUCAACAUCAACAUCCUCACCAACAACACCAUCAACACCAUCAAAACCAUCAACAUCAUCACCAUCAACAUCCUCACCAACAACACCAUCAAAACCAUCAACAUCAUCACCAUCAACAUCCUCACCAACAACACCAUCAACACCAUCACAACCAUCAACCCCAUCAACACCAUCAACAUCAUCACCAUCAACACCAUCAACAUCAUCACCAUCAACACCAUCAAAACCAUCAACACCACCAACAUCAUCACCAUCAACAUCAUCACCAUCAACACCAUCAACACCAUCAAAACCAUCAACACCACCAACAUCAUCACCAUUAACACCAUCAUCACCAUCAACAUCAUUACCAUCAACACCAUCACAACCAUCAACACCAUCAACAUCAUCACCAUCAACAUCCUCACCAACAACACCAUCAACACCAUCAAAACCAUCAACAUCAUCACCAUCAACAUCCUCACCAACAACACCAUCAACACCAUCACAACCAUCAACACCAUCAACAUCAUCACCAUCAACACCAUCAACAUCAUCACCAUCAAAACCAUCAACACCACCAACAUCAUCACCAUCAACAUCCUCACCAACAACACCAUCAAUACCAUCAACACCAUUAUCAUCAGCACUAUCAGCACAAUCAGCACCAUCAACACUAUCAGCAAUAUCAAUACCAUCAACACGAUCAGCACCAUCAAUACCAUCAAUACCAUCAACAACAUCAACACCACCAACACCAUCAGCGGAAACACGAUCAACACCAUCAAUACCAGCAACACCACCAUCAACACCACCAACACCAUCACCAUCAAUAACACCAACACCAUCAACAUCAGCAACAUCAACACCAUAACCAUCAACACCAUCAAUACCAUCACCAUAAACACCACCAACACCGUCACCAUGAACACCACCAUCACCAGCAACACCACCAUCAACACCAUCAACACCACCAACACCAUCACCAUCAACACCAUAAAUACCAUCAACACCACCAACACCAUCACCAUAAACACCAUAAACACCAUCAACACCAUCAAUACCAUCAACAUCAUCACCAUCAAUACCAUCAACACCAUCAGCACCAUCAUCAACACCAUCAACACCAUCAUCAACAUCACUAUCAACACCAUCACCAUCAGCACCAUCAACAUAAUCAACACCAUCAGCAUCAGCACCAUCAGCAUCAGCACCAUCAACACUAUCACCAUCAACAUCAUCACCUUCAGCACCAGUAACACCAUCAACAUCAUCACCUUCAGCACCAUCAACACCAUCAGCACCAUCAAUAUCAUCAAGACCAUCAGCACCAUCAACACCAUCCUCACCAUCAACACUAUCAACACCAUCAGCACCAUCAGAACCAUCAAUAUCCUCAACACCAUCAGCACCAUCAACACCAUCAAAACCAUCAGCGCCAUCAGCACCAUCAACACCAUCAACACCAUCACCAUCAACACAAACACCAUCACCAUCAUCACAAUCAACAUCAUAAUCACCAUCACCACUAUCGACACUGUCAACACCAUCAGCACCAUCAGCACCAUCAGCACCAUCAACACCACCAACACCAUCAACACCAUCAGCACCAUCAACACCACCAACACCAUCAACACCAUCAGCACAAUAAACACCAUCAGCAUCAUCCACAACACUGUGUCUCUGUCUGUAACCAUCUCUAUCACCAGAGACCUCAGCUCCCUGAGGAGGAGGAGGAGAGGAGGAGGAGCAGAGGAGGAGAGGAGGAGAAGGACAGGAGGAGGAGGAAAGGAGGAGGAGAGGAGGACAGGAGGAGAGGAGAGGAGAGGAGGAGGAGAGGAGGAGGAGGAACACAGAUAA